AUGACGCCAUCCAGGCCGUUCGCUUUUGAUGACAAGGAAUCCCUCGAUAACUACUGCGAGCGCAUGGAGUGGUUCCAGACGCGGGCGACGGAAAUUUUGCCACUCGACAAGGGCUUGACCUUUGAACUCGCUCUCGCAGCACCAAACGACAUUGGUGGAGUAGACGCUCGGCGGUCACCCAUCGGCCGUAUACAAGCUAUGGCCACAUAUGUUCUGGUGAAGGCGCUGCAGCAGGGUCCACAGUACCAAUCACAAGUUUGGUUAGCGCGACCUACAAGCUCUGACCCUAGCACUACGAUCGAGCUGGUCUUAAAAUUCAUCAUCCCUAGUCAUCUCGAGAUGCCCGGCUUUGACGUUGUUAGCGAAAAUUGUGUUAACCUUGCCGAGUAUACGUUUCCUGACGACAUCGUGGCAUAUCAAGUUGCGGCGUACCAGGCACUGGGCGACUUGCAAGGGAUUACUGUCCCGUACUUCUACGGGGUGAAUGAGGUAUCAGUGCCUUGGGGCGAACCUGGAGUUCAAGUACUUGCUCUGGAGUAUAUACACGGGCCUCGCAUGACAGAGGUCGCCACGGUCGUCGACUCCGAAGACUCAGCUCCUUCUGAGCUGAUCAAGUAUCGCGACUACGAUACUUACCUGGCGUUGCUCGAAACCGGCAUCUCGACCCUCCUUCAGGCGCACGCGCGGGGCAUCGUCCACUGCGACGUGCGCGAUGCCAACGUCCUCAUUGACGUCGCCCACAACCAGGUCGUCUUCCUCGACUGGACCAACGACGCCCCGCCCCAUCUCGCCGGCAUUGGGUGUGAGCACGAUCCGAAACUCAACAUGUCCAUUGACAUUGUGCAGCUCGCUCGACUCUUCGAAUAUCCAUCUUUGCAUGCCAAGCGGAUCUAUGAGUACUUCGACUCUCGGUUUCCAUGGCUGGGUGUUUUUUGGGGGAGGCCGCGAGCGCCUGAUGGAUCCUUAUUGUAUCCUGAACUAAGUCUUUAG